AUGAGCGUGAGCAUUGCCACUGUCUGCACGUGUAAGCGGGAGAAAUGGGACUUGCAAGAGCCUGACCGCAAGGUUAGAGUCUACCUUGAAAGUGACAUGCACGAGCUUGAGUAUAUAUCGUGCAUACCAAUCGGCAGAUGCCUACUUUGGGACGACCAGGAUGGAGAGACGAAGCCAACCGGAAGUCAAGGUGACUAUACACGGGCCUCUUGA